AUGAGUAGCCGCACCCUCCGCAAACGUCUCUGGCGGCUGCAAACAGGACCGAUCGGCAACAACGCUGCGAAAUCAUUGACCACGUUCACGGAGGUAUUUUUUGCCAAUCCGGGCCAAGCGAGUAAUGCGACACCGUCAGUCAAUGACAGUGCCGCCUUCUCCUUGAAGCUUGACCAUACCGUGCAAACGCUGUCGAGCAAAGGCGCCCCUAGCAAAGGCCCAAUUGAAGGGUUUCUCUUCGUUCCGAGUCUCGACGCUGCCGAUCCGUGCAACAAUGCCACCGCGAAAUACGUCCCCGCCAAUGUGACCCGGCUCGACGAGAUCACCGCGCUCGGAAACCGCAAGAUCGGCCUGGCGCCCUGGAUCAGCGUUGACUGCACGCAGGCGUUCUUGAGCGCCUCUCGAGAAGCGGGAACGGAUGCGCUGGUAUUCUACCAGCCUCACAGUGACGACUCUGAACCGCCACCGCCAAGCGAUCAAGUAUGGUCGUUAGGCGAUGGAGACGACUGGAAGGGCACAAACAAGUAUCCGGUGUAUGCGAUACCCGGGCCGGCGGGUGUCACCCUGAUGGAGAAGCUAUCGUUGUACGGGACUGUGAACGACCCUGCUGGGGGGUUCCAGUCUGAUUACCAGUUGGUGUCUGUCAUUGAUAUAGAAAACUCCAGCCAGACCAUGCCUAGUUUGUGGGGCUUUAUUCUUGCCAUCUUAGGCACGAUCCUCGUAUUGAGUGUGAUUCUGUUGUUGUUUUACCAGCUCGUGCAACGGCGACAUCGACAGACCCUCCAGCGGCGGCUGGAGAACGGGGAUAUCGACCCAGAACAGGUGGCAAUGCAUCAGCUUCGAGUUCCGCAGGACUAUCUGAAUUCGAUGCCGAUUUAUGUCUAUAGAAUCGAGGGUGCCGAUAAUCACGAGAUCCAGGAACACCCAGCCUCGCAUGCUCAUUCGGCAACAAUGGGGUCCGCGGAGACGAUCGUCGUCAAAGCCGAACAUCCAGACACUCCCCCGCAAUACUCCUCCGAAACGAUCAUCAUCAAACCGGAGCCGGCCAGAGUCAAGCAAGAAGACAGAGCAUCCAUCCACUCCACCCGGGACAGCGGGUUCUCGGGACGAAUGAGUGGUAGAUGGCGCGAGAAUCGAUUGAGCCGGUCACAGACGACGUGCGCGAUCUGUCUGGACGACUACGUCCCGGGCGAAACCACCGUGCGGGAGCUACCCUGCGGACAUAUUUUCCAUCCUGAAUGUAUUGACAUUGCAUUGACGCAGUCCAGCAGCCUGUGUCCGUUGUGCAAGACGAGCGUGCUGCCAGUGGAACGGUUUCCUGCCCCGGAUUACACAUUAGGCCAUUGA